AUGAAGAGAGAAUUUUGUUAAAUUUAAGGUCAUGAUACAGAGGAGCUAAUCUAUGUUUGUGAUGAAUUGUAGUGUAUUGAACUUAAUAAUAACAAACUUAUCUGUUAAAAAUGUUUGUGUAUACAUAGAGGUGUAACAUAUAACAUACUAAAGGAAAAAGCCAUUAAAAACUACAAUCAAUAUACACAAAUUUUGUAAAAUGACAUUGAUGAAAAUGAAAGUUUAAAAAAAAAUGUGGAAUAAUCUAUUAAAGAGAUAUAAGGAAAGAUUAUGAAAAUGAUGUCUGAUUUAUAAAAAAAUAUAUUCACUUUUGUUGAUGGAUAAAGUUAAAAAUUGCUAAAAAAUAAAAAUUAAGCAUAAUAGUUAAUGCAAGAUUCUAAUUCAUCACUUGACAUCUAAAUAUUUUUUGCUAAGUUUUCUGAAAGAAAAACAAAAGAAAAAUAAGAAACUACAAAAUAACAAGUUAAAGCAAUUAUUAAAGAUUUAAUUGAUGAUAUUAAUUUAAAAAUAGAAUAUCUCAAGUAACCAGAUGUUAAUGAAUAUAAAAUUAUUGAAUUUGAGCUACAAUCCUUUUAAAUAGAAUCAAUUUUUUAGAAAAAACUUCCUUAUAGCUAUUGUGAUGAACAUUGUUCAAAUAAAACUUCAAUAUGUGUAGAUAUUAAAUGUUUAGAAUCAAGUUAUUUAGAAUAUUAUUGUUUAAGAUGUUGUAAGUCUUCUCAUGUUCAACAUUAUCAAAAUGAUUAUUUAGUGGAAUAUGAUAAAUUGAAAAAAGAAUAAAAGGUAAAAUAAAAGUUUGUUGUGAACUAAAAACAAAAAAUGAAAGAAUAUGUUUAAAAAUUAGUAAAUGAUUCAAUAAACUAGUUAAAAAUUGAGCAGAAAGAAUAAUACUUAAAAUAUGAAAUUACAAUAGAAAAUAUCAAAAGUCUCUAAUAAUAAUUUGAAAUUAAUUUAUAAGUUGAAAAUACUAAAUAUGUUUUUGGCGAUUUAUUAUUAUAAUUUAUUAAUACUAAAGAAGAAACAUUUCUAUUGCAACUAAAUCAGGUAUAACAAAAUUUUGAAGAUAAGCUUCAAUGUUGUAAGAUCUAGGAUAAACAAAAAUUCUUAGAAGAAUGCUAAUUAUUAUAACUUAAAUAAGAUGAAAUUGUCAAACUGUAAAAAAAUAUAAAGCAAUUAAAAUAAUCAGUUGAUCAAAAAGAUUAAUUGUUAAACAAUCAAUCUUCUGAAAAUCUCUUUAAUUUGUUACAGAUGAACCUAAAAGAAAAGGACAAAUUGAUACAAAGUUUAAGUAAAAACAAUGAAACUUUGUAAUAAAAAGUAUAAUAAUAAUAAUCAAAUUAACCAAAAGAGAAACAAUAGUCAUCAUAAUCGUAAUCAUAAUAAAAAUAAUAAUAAAUAUUCUCAGAACCAUAAUCAUUUAAAAACUCAAGAUAAAAUUAAAAUUAUUGA